AUGGCACUGACAAGGAGUCAACAAGAAAAAGCUGAAUUAAAACAAACCAUCAAAGAUUCCAUUAUUGAAAUAUUCAGUGAUAAGGAUUUUAUAGCAAGUAUGUUUAAAACAAUGUACGAUAAAUUCAACCUUCACGAACAAAAAACAGAAGCCAGUAUAAAAAAGUUUGAACAACAAAUCGAUACAUUGGAACAAAAAAUUGACUAUAUGUAUCAGGCUGAGAAAGUAAACAAUAUUUGCAUACAUGGAAUCCCCGACGAAAAAAAUGAAAACAUUUCAAAUAAAGCAGCUGAUCUCUUAAAAUGUGCAGUGCCAAUCAUUUCUCAGCAAAACCUAAGUGCCUAUCGGAUUGGAUAUCAUAUAAAUAAUGAAAAACCACGUCCAGUUAUUGUUAAGUUUAAAAUCCACCAAAAUAAAAGCGAAGUGAUGAAAAACUUUAAAAAAAUUAAAAAUAAAAAAAUCUAUAUUUGUGAAGAUCUUACGAAAAUCAGACUUGACCUUCUAAAUGAAGCAAAAUCUCUGCUCGGAAAAACAAACGUCUGGACAAUGGAUGGUAACAUUUUAACGAAGAUCGAUGAUAAAAUUGUAAAAUUAAAGAAUCAAAACACAACUACUAGAAUAUCAAUAAGGAUCCUUCAUCAUAAACCUUUGGAAUUAUAG